GUUACCUAGCAACUCCAGACGCGCUUGUGAACGGAAAAACAUGGCAAAAUUUGUUCUAGCAGGAAAGGCUGAUUGUCCUUAUUAUGCAAAGGCUGAGCUUCUGGCUGAUGUGCUGCAAAGAAACCUGCCUGAUUUUCACAUUCACAAGAUCUGUGUGCACCCCAAAGUCUGGGAGAAAUGGUUGGAGGACACCUGUGCAUCAAAUGACUGGAAGCAUUCAAGCUCUCCUAUAAUAUGGAGAGAGCUGAUUGAUCGUGGAGGGAAAGGCAUGCUGCUCGGAGGCUUCAGUGAUUUCCUUGAGCAUGCUCAGGGUUACUAUGGCAUCACCUCAGAUAUGAACACUGAUCUGAUGCUAAAAAUUGCAGAAGAGAAUGGACAAACUAAAGAGCUGUGUAUGGAAGAGGAAAUCCACCGACACAUGUCUCUCAAACCUCUGCACAUCUGGAUCAGCAGUGCUCUGAACCCUGUCUGCUACAGCCUCAUUCCUCAGUUGUUCACCCCGGGGCUAUAUCCAGGUCUUCCCACCUUCAGCCUUCACCUCAUGGAUGCUGACGGCUCUGAGGAAAUGCUUCAAGGACUCAAGAUGGAAACUGAAGACCUUGCCCUGCAUCAGCUACAUGAGGUCACAGUGCAUUCAGACCAUGCACAAGCAUUUCAGGAAGCCCACUUCAUAAUUUUUCUGGACGACCUGCAGCCUAUGUGUGGAAGUAAUGAUGAGAAGGAUGACAAGGACCACAUGAUUAGCCAGGUAGCAGAACGUUUUCACUGCUAUGGGCAACUCAUCGAGGCAAAUGCACGGAAAGACGUAAGAGUGAUAGUGGCAGGAGACUCCUUUGUUAAUCUGAAGUGCUCGCUGUUAAUUGAGAACGCACCCUCUGUUGACCCACACAACUUUGUGGCGAUGACAACACAACUAGAAUACGAGGUGAAAACACAGCUUGCGCAGAAGUUGUCAGUGAAAACAGCAGACAUCACUAAUGUCAUCGUAUGGGGAAACAUCAGUGGCUGUUUCCAUAUUGACCUACAGAGGGCGAAGGUUUUCAGAUAUGAUGGCGCAAUUUGGGGACCAGAUGGUUUUUCUCAGCAAGUCAUGGAAAUAAUUUACGAUUGGAAAUGGCUGGAGACAGAUUUUAUGAGUAUAGUACAUAAGCACCGUACCACAGUUUCAUCAAAGACCAACAAAGCCACAGCAAUAUCAGCAACAAAUGGAAUAAUGACCAUUUUAAAAGCCUGGAAUAAUGAUGCAUCUCCAGAGGAUGUCUUCUCACUGGGUGUAAUUAGUACAGGGCAGUUUGGGAUUCCAGCAGGUUUGGUGUUUUCUAUGCCUGUGAGCUUCAGUGGCGGCUGCUGGUCAGUGCGCACUGAUGUUACUGUGACAGAUGAGUUGAAGCAAAAACUUAAUGCUUGUGCUGAUGAACUUAAAAUGGAGAGAGACAUUGCAGCUAGAAUACUGAAGAUGCAUGACGCUUCUCCAAAAGCAGACUUCAGUGACUCACUCCCUCAGUAACACGACACAUCAUUAUUCUAAUAAGAACAUUUUUUAAAGCUAUAUCUGGGCUAGUUAGGC